AUGGAAAAUCAGCCAGCGAAAAGAAAAAAAUAUUGUCCCAACUCCGGUGACGGCAGAAUCUCCGAACUGCCACAACCCUUAUUGCACAACAUUGUCGCUUUCCUCUCCCAAGAGGAGGCAACCAAAACUUGCGUUUUGUCCAAAUCAUGGCGUUCUAUUGGCCCUACUCGCCCUAAGAUCGAGUUUAAUGAAAUGUGCUAUGAAGAGAACCAUAAAAAGUUCCUAUCCAAUUUGGACAGUACGCUACAAGUUUACCGUGGCCGGGAGAUUUGCUUGCAAGAAUUUAUAUUGUGUGUGAGCAAAAUUAAUACUAAAUCUGUUUCUCUUCUUGAAAAAUGGUUCCCGAUCGUCUUGCUCGAUAUGGGCGUUAAGAGGUUCCAUCUGAUUUCCACCUUGAGCUACUUUGCUUUGCCGUCGAUCGUCUUUGAAGCUGAAACCCUUGAGGAAUUGCAUCUCAAGAGAUGCAGAAUUGAAUCUGUUGAGAAGGUACUUUCAUGGCGUCUGCGUAACCUUUCCUUCUGUAAGGUCGACAUUGAAGAAGAACAUUUGCAGAAAAUAAUGUCGAGGUGUCCCCUGAUCGAACACUUGGCCUUUGAUACCUGUCAUGGUUUCACAACAAUUGAGGUUCAAAAUAAUAAUCUCAAACACUUUGAAUAUUUGGAAGGGAAUGUAGAUGUCACUAUCAAAAUCUACGCCCCAAAUGUAGAGAGCAUACGUACUGUGGGAAAUGCUAGUUGGCUUCACCAUGGGAAGACCUUCCCUUGUCUCACGUCCCUGCGUCUCGAUCGAUGCAGAAUUGAUUCCGUGGAAAAUGUGCUUUCUUGGCAUCUACGUAAAGUUUCCUUCUGUCUGGUCCACAUUGAAGAUGAACAUAUGCGGAAGAUAAUGUCGAGUUGCCCCUUGAUCGAACACUUGGCCCUUGAUGCCUGUCGUGGUUUCACAACAGUUGAGGUUCAUAAUGAUAAUCUCAAACACUUUGAAUACAAUCAUUCGUCUGCCUGUUUGGAAGUCACUAUCAAAAUCGACGUGCCAAAUAUAGAGAGCAUCAGUAUUGUGGGACGUGCGAGUUGGCUUCACCAUAGGAAGACCUUCACUUGUCUCAAGUCCCUGGUUCUGGAAAAUGUGGUUCUCACCCAGAAGGACUUCGAUAGCAUCUCGGUUAAUUUUUGCUGUCUUGAGGAUUUGAAAAUACACUUCUGCAGCGGCUUUGAAGAAUUCCAGCUCUCAAGCCGUUCGGUUAAGCGGUUGCAUCUUGCAGUGAAUGGCCCCACCAAGGCAGCUAUUGACCUCCCGAAUAUACUUUCUUUUGAACUGUUAUGUGAUGAUUCCCCCUCAAUCACGUUGACAACGAAUUCCAGUGAGUGGAGGUCACUCAUACUCUUGAAGCGUGAACUGAUUACUAAUAGUGACACAGCGUUGUUGUUUGUCAAGUUAAAUGAACUGCUUAGGGCAUUGAAUCAUUCUAGGAUUCAUCUGCACAUGAGGGAUCUUCCUCUGGAGGUACCAAAUGGCUAUGGGGGUUUUGGAGAACCUGCCGUGAUUGAAAGCUUGGCCUUUUCUUACCGUCAUCCUUGUUCUUCCCUCGAAGCUUUUUUAAAUUAUUUUUUCGGCAGCUUUCGGCCGAGAUACAUAGAAGAGUCUUUCUAUCCUCGUUCAGAGGCUGAAGAGGAUGAAGAUAACAUGGAUGCUUAUCAUGCAUAUGAAGAGGAGAAUUAUCGCUUUCAAGAAUGGUAUGCUGCCGCUCGAGCGGCUCAACGGCAUGGGCUAGAAGAUGAAUACAUGGAUUUGCCAGCAUAUCCAGAGACCAACCCGUAUGGAGAAGAAAAUGAACUAAUUGAUCGUUUGUGGAUCUUUCUCAUGAAGAAAGAAAGGGAGGACCGCAUUUGGCAGCAGGAUUUAGAGGAAGUAAGUGUGGAGACCUAUGGUCGAAAUGGAGUCGAAUGGCGUUGUGUGCAAAGUGAGAAUUUAUCCCAAUUGGAGUUGCCGAACAAUGAUGAUCAAAAGAUACGCUUUCAACUGAAAUGGAGAGAGCGAGUCAUCAUGCCUAGUUAG